GCGAGAGGUUGAUGUCACAACGUGUUGCGCUCUCUCUCUCUCUCUCCACACGACUCUUUCCAGGUAGUUUCGUCGUCAGAUCUUCACUAUUUCACCACAAACAGAGUGGUCCUUUUUCCACCCCUCUCUAGGGAAAAUCUAGAGAUUCCCUAACCCCUUUCGCUACGUUCUCCGAGUGAAGAAACUACUAGUAUAAAAUACGGUAGUACGUUGAUUCCACUCAUCCCCUCACCGAAGCUCUGAGAAAAAAACCAAAGCUCUCUGCUUUCUCUUCAAUGGCUACUUCGAAAUCCCAAAAUCCCUUCUCCUCCUCCGCUUCUUCUUCUAAACCCGAACUCAAGGGCAGAUACGACAUUUUCUUGAGUUUUAGAGGCUCUGACACCCGCAAGAAGUUCACCGAUCACCUCAACCACGCUCUCGUGUGCGAGGGGUUCCAAACAUUCAGAGACGACGACGAGAUUGAGAGGGGUGAGGUUAUCGAAUCCGAGUCGCUGGAAGCAAUCCGGAAUUCCAGGAUGUCGGUAAUCGUGUUAUCGGAAAACUAUGCCAAUUCGACCUCGUGCCUGUUUGAACUCCAGAUGAUUCUGGAGCUCUGUAAGAAGUCGGAUCAUUUCCUUUUGCCCGUGUUUUACGAGGUGGAACCUGAGGUGCUCAAGGGGCAGUCAGAGAAUCUGGUUUUCGAAAAUAAGGAAGCGACGGUUGAGAGAGUGAAGGGAUGGAGUCAGGCUCUUAAAGAGGUUGCGCGUAUGACUGGGAAGGUUUUCCGGAAGGAAUCUGAUGGGUAUGAAGCCACAUUCAUUGAGGAAAUUGUUGGUCAACUCAAAAGCAAGGUAGUUGGCAAGCAUUUGAUGGUUGGCGACCAUCUAGUAGGUAUGGAUUGGCAAACCAUUCGAGUUACUUCAUGGCUAAAAGAUAUGUCAACUAGGGUUGGCAUUCUUUUGAUAUGUGGAAUGGGUGGAAUAGGUAAGACGACGAUUGCUAAAGUUAUUUUUAAUUCCAACCAUACUAGAUAUGAUGCUGCCUGUUUCCUCCCAAAUAUUAGAGAAGUUGCCAAAGCACCCAAUGGAUUAGUCCGUUUGCAAAGACAGCUUCUUUCAAAUAUUUUGGGAAAAGAAGAGCACAAAGUGAACGAUGUUGACGAUGGAUGUAGGAGGAUGAAAUGUGUCUUAGCCAACAAAAGAAUUCUUUUGGUCCUUGAUGAUGUGGAUCAAACGGACCAACUAUCUGCAUUAGCUGGCCAACAAGAUUGGUUUAAGCCAGGAAGUAAAAUUAUCAUAAUCACUAGGAUCGAGAGGAUGAUGAAUGAUGAUGAAAUUUAUGAAGUGUACAGACCUCAAAAAUUAGGCUGUGAUGAAUCACUAGAGCUUUUCAGUUGGCAUGCUUUUGGACAAAAACACCCCGCUCAAGGUCACAUGGACUUAUCAAAAAGGUUUGUGCAACAUUGUGAUGGGCUUCCUCUUGCUCUUCAAGUGGUGGGCUCUUCUGUACGGAAGAAAAAUAUAGAUCUAUGGGAAAGUGAGUUACAGAAAUUGGAAGCAGCUUCUGAUAAUGCAAUUCCGGAAAAACUUGAAAUAAGUUAUGAUUCUCUAAAAGAUAAACACGAUAAAGAUCUAUUCCUGGACAUAGCUUGUUUCUUUGUUGGAAAAAAGAAAAAUAAAACGAUCAAAAUACUAGAAGGAUGUGAUUGUUUUCCACUUGCUGGAAUUCAUAACCUUGUCGACAGAAAUCUCUUAACAAUUGAAAAUGAGACGUUGCAAAUGCAUCAGUUACUUCAGGACAUGGGAAAACAAAUUGUUUGCCGUGAAUCUAAGCAUCCUGAGAAGCGUAGCAGAAUUUGGCGCCCUAGAGAAACCUUCAACAUUUUGCUAGAAAAAAGUGGUACGGAAAAAAUUGAAGGCCUUGUACUUGACAUGAACGUGUUAGGAAAUUCUGACAUGGCUGCGAUUGAAGCAAAUACAUUUGAAAAGAUGCAUAAUUUGAGACUACUCAAGCUGAGUGGUGUACAACUAUCUGGAACUUCCAAGGCAUUUCCCAAAAGAUUACGAUGGUUGUAUUGGCGUGGUUUUCCUUCAGCAUUUUUCCCCAAUGAUUUUCCUCUGGAGAACUUGGUCUCUCUUGACAUGCGUUAUAGCAACUUGAAACAACUUUGGGAAGGAACUCAGGUUCUUGGAUCGUUGAAAAUUUUAAAUCUCAGUCACUCCCCAAAACUUGUUAAAACUCCAGAUUUCUCGAGAAUUCCCAACCUAGAGAAAUUGGUUCUCAAAGUUUGUCCAAGUUUGUUCGAGGUCGAUGAAUCUAUCGUAGAACUACGGAUGAUAGAGUCACUGAAUCUACAAGAUUGCAAAAAACUGAGAAAGCUUCCAAAAAAUAUUGGUAUGCUAGAAUCUCUUGUAGAAAUAGAUAUUUCUGGUUGCUCAAACCUUAUGGGGGCAAUAGAGGAGCUGGGGAAGAUGAAAUCACUGCAAGUGCUUAAGGCAAGUGGAAUGGAGGUUGUAUCACAAGCAUCUAUUUGGCCUUGGGUUCUAAAACCAAGGGUACAAAUGUCAUUGGCCUUACCAAGCUCUUUGGUACGUUUAGAUCUUUCUAAUUGCAAUCUCACCAAUGAUGCAUUUCCCAGGGAUCUUAAGCUCUCCAAGUUACAGCACUUAUUUCUAGGUGGGAAUCCAGUUUCUAGCCUACCUAACUUCAUUAAAGAUCUUACAAGUCUCCAAACCUUGGAUUUAUCAUGGUGUCCAAAGCUCCAACAGAUUCUCUGGCCAUCGAUUGGUUUAGAAAACCUGAUUGUUUCAGAGUCCCGAUCAUUGGAAAAAAUAACGUACGAGUCUGCUUCGGCCUGCAUAAAAUGCAUCACACAUGGUGCUUGCAUGAGUUUAGAUUACGUUCAGCAUGGUUUCAAGAUCUUACCUGUAAAAAAAGUCAAUGUGGAACUGAUCAACGAAAUUGGCUUCUUCAACUUGGACUCCAUGGCAAAUGUUGAGGCGUUGGUCACUAACUUAAUUGUAUGGAGUAGAAAGAAGUGUCCCAUCCAGAUACUGCAGGAAGGUUCUAUAUUGAGCACAUAUUUUCCUGGGACUGAAGUUCCACACUGGUUUAGCAACAAGAACUGUGGAUUCACUGUAUCUUUAACUAUGACUUCAUCAUCUCCUCAUUGCGGUAUUUCAGGCUUGAACCUUUGUUUGGUAUAUACUGUUCCUGGCAAUCUGGAUUGGUUGCCAGAGCCUUUAGAAGUUGAAGUAAAUAACAAGAGCCGUGGAAUGAAGAGGGUCUAUACACCAAGGUGCUAUGGCAUUCCAGAACCAGGUGGAGAUAUGGUGUGGUUAAGCCAUUGGCUACCUGAGUCGAAAUUUUUUGAAGAUGGCGAUGAACUGCAAGUUUUGUUCAAUUUAAAAGUUGAUGGACAAAUUAAGGAGUGCGGAGCCCACAUUCUGUAUUUCAGAGAAGAUGAGAUAGGCAAAUACUUGAGCACUCUACACCAUUCAUGGGAUUCUAACAUGUUUCGGAUCGUGGCUUUGGAAGCAUUGAAUCAACAAAAACAGAAGCAGAAAGAGGAGGAGAAGGAAGAGGAGGAGGAGCAGCAACAGCAGAAGAUGCAGAAAAACCAUGAAUUGACUUGUGACAUACAGAGUAAAGAAGCUCGAGAUGCUGUAGGUGAUCAAGUCUCAGAGUUAACGGGGGAAGUUGGCAACAGAGCAGUACCCAGCUCACAAUAGGUUGAAUGGCAAGCCGCGUCACUGAAUUCUUUACCUAGUAUGAAUUGCUAGCCAGAAUGAAUUCAUUACACAAUAGGUUGAAUUGCAAGCCGCAUCUCUGGGACAUGGUUCGUGUGUAUUGGAAGUUUCUCUUGGGAGAUCUCAAAAUGCUAAAAGUCUCGGAUCUGCCAGACCAAUACUUUAUUUGUUGAAUUUCUGCUGCUAGUGUUUAUUUUUCUUGUUCUUUUGGCUGAAGUCUUAGAGGUGCGUUUAAGAGAACCUCGGGUUAUUUUUGGAGCCCUUUGUCUUCUUUCAUGCUCUUUUCUGCUACAUGGCGCUCUCUGUCCUAUCUUUUGCAUACGAAAAACUUAAGCAGCCAGGUUUGGAGUGGUUUGUUGACUAA